AUGAAACUUAUCACCAAAGAAGAAGAAAAAGAGCAUUACGACUACACCAUUCGCCAAGGCCUGCAAAAAGGUCUUAUUGGAUUAGGCGCCGGACUCGGUCUAUCUUUCAUUGGGCAUAAAUACUCGCGAAAUUUUCGCUCAUUAACUCUUCCACUGAAAGCUUUUCUCGUUAGUUCAUUCACAACAGCUGUAUUCAUAGUUGCCGCCGAAAAAGCUUCAAUUGACUUUGAACGAAAAAAAUACGGCGAAUACGAUGAACGCUCAGUACGUAAUGACAACUAUGUUACCAUAUCGCGUGAAGACGCAGUAAAAAUUUGGUUGAAUAAGCACAAGUGGCCUAUUGUUGUUGGAACUUGGGGAUUGGCAAUGGUUGGUUCAAUGGCUUCGCUGUAUCGAAAUAAAUAUUUGACUACUUCUCAAAAACUGGUUCAGGCACGUAUGUACGCUCAAGGUGUCACAAUUAUCGUUGUGUUAGCUGCCGCGGCAUUCAGCGUUAAUACGAGCAAAGAGCCACAUGGAUUCCAGGAAUGGAAAAAUAUGGUCAAUGAGGAGGAAAGGCGGAUGAAUAAAGUUUCUUCGUCUUCAUCAUAA